CGCGGGGAGCGGGGCCGAGCCCCGGGCAGCGCCUUCGCCGAGCUUCAGCACCGCGGGCCGGACAGCGCCCGGCGGCCCGGGCGGCUCCCGCGGGGCCCCGCCGAGGGCCGCGAUCCCCGCACGAUGUUCCUCCGGCUGGCGGUCGCGGUGCAGGUGCUGUCGCUGCUGGCGAGCCGCGCUCACGGCUUCCCCAGACCCGCGGGCAAAGACAAAGCUAUACACAACAGACAAUUAAGUGUAGAAAGACCUUUGGAGGAACAGAUCGCUGAAGCUGAGGCAGACAAGAAUAGGAAAACAGCUCCCACAGAAAAUAAGCCAGAGUUCAGGAAUUAUUCCUUUGUUGAUGACCUGAACCUGCUAAAAUCAGUAGCAGAAAGAGAGAGGAAUGAAAAGGAGAGGGAGUCAAUUAGAAGCUCUUUGUACGAACAGCAACUGGCCAUUGAUGAUGCAGACUCCACCAAGAACCGUAGGCUUGUGGAUGACUAUGACUCCACUAAAAGCGGGCUGGAUUAUAAAUUCCAAGAUGAUCCAGAUGGCCUCCAUCAAUUAGAUGGCACUCCUUUGACUGCUGAAGACAUUGUUCAAAAAAUUGCUGCAAGAAUUUAUGAGGAAAAUGACAGAGGAGUGUUUGAUAAGAUUGUUUCAAAACUUCUAAAUCUGGGACUAAUCACAGAGAGUCAGGCCUAUACCCUGGAGGAUGAAGUGGCAGAGGUUUUACAGCAGCUAAUUGCAAAUGAAGCAAAGGAUCGUGAGAAGGAGUCUGAAGAUUUUGAUUACCCUGCAAGCAGAGCAGACAGUGAUACAAAAGAAAAGCAACAGGAAAGAAUGACACCAAGCAAAUCUUAUCAGGACAGUGUCAUUAAUGGAGAGGUUGAUGAUACACUGGAUAACACGUGGUCAUCAUCUAAUAUCUUGGAAAGAAGAAAUGAGCUGCCUUCUGAAGAUAAUUUUGAAGAUCUCCAAUACUUUCCAAAUUUUUACGCACUAUUAAAAAGUCUUAACUCAGAGACGGAGACAAAAGAGAAAGAGACCUUGAUAACUAUCAUGAAAACACUGAUUGAUUUUGUGAAGAUGAUGGUUAAAUAUGGAACAAUCACACCAGAAGAAGGAGUUUCCUAUCUGGAAAACUUAGAUACAAUGAUAGCUGAGCAGACAAAGAAGAAGCUUGAGAACCCUUCAACUAAACCCAGAACAAAACUAACAGCAGACAAGAGUAGUGAAGAAGCAGACAGUACAAAGGAAGAAGCAGCUAAAAUGGAAAAGGAAUACGAAGUUUCCAAGGAUUCUACAAAAAAUGAAGGACAAAAUGCAGCAGGAAAUAAUGAAGAGUCCGGAGGGAAAUCUGAGGCAUAUUUGGAAGCAAUCAGGAAGAACAUAGAAUGGCUGAAAAAACACAAUAAACAAGGUAACAAGGAAGACUAUGAUCUUUCAAAGCUGAGAGAUUUCAUUGAUCAGCAAGCUGAUGCUUAUGUGGACAAGGGCAUCCUGGACAAGGAGGAAGCUGAUGUAAUUAAACGCAUCUAUGGCAGCCUGUAAAAACUUAGUGGCUGCCAGACAUGUAGAAAACUAGUCUAGUUUCCCCCACUCCUGGCUCAGUGACUUAUGAUCUGUUAAUUUGAGGAUAUCAUUAGAAAUGCUCUGUUUACAUUGUCCUGACAACUUUCUAGGCAGAAAUGAAGAGCUGUAGCGCUCCAUUCACCCUCUGCAUCCUGUAUUUUCCUACAUUCACAAAUCAACCCCAAACACCAAAUUCUGACAGUGAAUUUCUAUUGGAUAGGGUCACUAUUUCUGUAAUGCUCUCUUUGAUUUAUUAUUUGUGUUUGGUUUACUUUUGUAGAUCAACCAAUUGUUUCUGAUAGAAAGUUCUUUUAAUGCUACAUCUUUUUGCUCUCAACAAGCUUUCUAUAGAUGCAACUAUGUAAAGGGCAUUAUUAGAAAAUAGUUCAUAGUUCUCUAAAUAAAAUAUUUGAAAAUAA